CCUCCUCCCCCUCCUCCCUCCUCCUCCUCCCCGCGCGCGCUCCUCUUGGCUGCGCGCCGGCGCCGCCUGGCGGGAAGGAGGGGAGGUGGCAGGUGCGUUUGCAGGAGGGGCGCCACCUCUUCGCUCGCGUACCCCACGGAAGGUAGAUCGAGAAGGGGAGGCAGGCAGACCGGGAGGAGAGAGGAGCACGCGAUCGAGCCAGGCUGGGGGCGGCAAUGUGGAGGGUGGUGCGCCCUACCGUCUAGACAGUCCUAUCCGGGCAGGGGGCGUGUGCGUUCGGCGUACCUGCGAGACCGCAGAGCCCGGGGCCGGCACGUGUGGAGAGUGUAGACACGUCUGCUGCGCCCCGCUUCUUGCUGCCUCGGGGAAGGGAGGGGGGCGGGCAGGUGCCGCGGCCCGGCUAGUGGGGAGGGGGUGGCGGCCAUGGAGCGGGUGAACGACGCUUCCUGCGGUCCGUCGGGCUGCUACACCUACCAGGUGAGCAGGCACAGCACCGAGAUGCUACACAACCUCAACCAGCAGCGCAAAAACGGCGGGCGUUUCUGCGAUGUGCUCUUGCGGGUGGGCGACGAAAGCUUCCCAGCGCACCGCGCCGUGCUGGCCGCCUGCAGCGAGUACUUUGAGUCAGUGUUCAGCGCCCAGUUGGGCGACGGUGGAGCUGCGGACGGCGGUCCAGCCGACGUGGGGGGCGCGGCGGCGGGGCCAGGCGGCGGGGCCGGGGACAGCCGGGAGCUGGAGAUGCAUACCAUCAGCUCCAAGGUGUUCGGGGACAUCCUGGACUUUGCCUACACUUCCCGCAUCGUCGUGCGCCUGGAGAGCUUCCCCGAGCUUAUGACGGCCGCCAAGUUCCUGCUGAUGAGGUCAGUCAUCGAGAUCUGUCAGGAAGUCAUCAAACAGUCCAACGUGCAGAUCCUGGUGCCCCCAGCUCGGGCUGACAUCAUGCUCUUCCGCCCCCCUGGGACCUCGGACUUGGGCUUCCCUUUGGACAUGACCAAUGGGGCAGCCUUGGCAGCCAACAGCAAUGGCAUCGCCGGCAGCAUGCAGCCGGAAGAGGAGGCGGCCCGGGCGGCAGGUACAGCCAUUGCAAGUCAAGCCUCUCUGCCUGUGUUACCUGGGGUGGACCGCUUGCCCAUGGUGGCUGGACCCUUGUCUCCCCAACUGCUGACUUCCCCGUUCCCCAAUGUGGCAUCCAGUGCCCCUCCCUUGACUGGCAAGCGAGGCCGGGGCCGCCCAAGGAAGGCCAACCUGCUGGACUCAAUGUUCGGGUCCCCAGGGGGCCUGAGAGAGGCAGGCAUCCUUCCAUGUGGCCUUUGUGGGAAGGUGUUCACUGAUGCCAACCGGCUCCGGCAGCACGAGGCCCAGCACGGCGUCACCAGCCUCCAGCUGGGCUACAUCGACCUUCCUCCUCCAAGGCUGGGCGAGAAUGGGCUACCCAUCUCUGAGGAUCCUGACGGCCCCCGCAAGAGGAGCCGGACCCGGAAGCAGGUGGCCUGUGAGAUUUGUGGCAAGAUCUUCCGAGACGUGUACCAUCUCAACCGGCAUAAGCUCUCCCACUCUGGGGAGAAGCCCUAUUCCUGCCCCGUGUGUGGACUUCGGUUCAAGAGGAAAGACCGCAUGUCCUACCAUGUGCGGUCCCAUGAUGGGUCCGUGGGCAAGCCCUACAUCUGCCAGAGCUGUGGGAAAGGCUUCUCCAGGCCCGAUCACUUGAAUGGACAUAUCAAGCAGGUGCACACUUCUGAGCGGCCUCACAAGUGUCAGGUGUGGGUUGGGAGCAGCAGCGGCCUGCCGCCCCUGGAACCUCUUCCUAGCGACCUGCCAUCAUGGGACUUUGCCCAGCCUGCUUUGUGGAGGUCGUCCCAUUCGGUUCCUGACACCGCCUUUUCCCUUUCUCUAAAAAAAUCAUUUCCAGCCCUUGAAAACCUGGGCCCAGCACACUCCAGCAACCCUCUCUUCUGCCCAGCCCCACCAGGAUAUCUGAGGCAGGGGUGGACCGCCCCAGAGGGUGGCCGGGCCUUUGCCCAGUGGCCUGUAGGCUAGUCUGGGCCUUCCCAUAGAGGGCUUCCUGUGGAGGGGAACAGGAGUGGUGGUUGGCUUGAGACCCCUGCUUUGGGAGAGGCCAGCAGGGUGGUCCCUGCCCACCAUGCCCAGUCCCUCCCUGGUUGACUUGAGGUCUUUCCCAGCUCAGGGCUCCCAGAUAGGGGUGCGAGGAGCUCCUUCCUGGAUCCUCCCACAGCCUCUAGGUUUCUUUCUGGGCUCUCUUGCCUUUUUUCCCCACCUUUAACAGAUGAUACUCCUAGACAUCUGUACUUGCCUGGGUGAUUUUAAAGGUUGGUGCUUUUGUGGGAACUAAGCUACCAGCUUAUCUGCUCCCUGACCCUGGCAUCACUUCCCGUAAGGCAUGGGGUUUCUAGAAUGGGGCCUGGCUAUCCCCCACCCCCCAGAAGUAAAUCGGCUUCCAGAGAAGAUUGUGAUUCAACUCCAGUGGCGUCACCCAUGUUGCCCUUGUCCCUACCCACUCAGACGGGUCCUGCUUUAAUUUCUGGCUAGUAUAUUAGACUUUCGUGAUUUUGAGGUUUAUUAGCAGGUCUGCUCAGGAACUAGACUAACCAGUAGCUUUACAUGGGGCUGAUAAAACAGAUGUAGAUCCUCAGAUCCCACUGGUGUGCCCUUUAGCCCCGCAGGCUCCGCGGGGAGGAGUGAUGAUAAAAGUUUUCAUUCUAA